GGUCGAUAUUUCAAUUAAAAAUCAGCUUUGCCAAUAUACGUAUUUAAAGUUCUUUAUUAAUAAACUGUUUAACCUUAAUUGACAUCGAGGAGAACAAUUCGAAAGGAAAUACUUUGAAGCGAUAUCAUGAAGGUUUUGAUAUUCGGAAUUGCUAUCUCUUGUUUCGCACUUUUAGAUGCUCAGCCUACUCCAAGUAUACACGCACAAUAUUGCGCUGUGAAAAGACACGAUGUAGUGCGAUCUUGCUUGAUGGAGAACAGAGCAACAAUUAUUGUCGAUAUUUACCGCAACUGCGCCAUGCGUGUUAAGUAUUACGAUACCUUAGACGAGUUGACAGAAUACAUGUGCAGAGAUACCAACAGCGAGGAAUUUGCAACUCUUGAAAAGUGUAUGGAUCCUGCUAUAGACGUCGAAGCUCAGGCAAAUCCGAACCUUAAAAACAUCGUUCAUAAAUGUAUAAAGAAGGCGGCAGACAUGCAAUGAAAUCCUCCGGACUAUAAAAUCAGGAUAUAAAAAAUACAGUAGAUCCUCGAUUUAACGAACUAUUAAUUGGGGAGAAAUGUCCGCUAUUGUCGGAAGCCGGUUAAAUCGAAUAUUUUCAAAACAUUUAUUAAAAACGAACUUACAACGUACAAGAUGUCUCAAAAUGUUAUUUCAAUGUAUUUUAUUCAAUAGGAAUAAAAUAUAAUUAUAAAUGUACUUGAGUAAUUUAUACUCAUCGACCCAACAUUUUAGCGUGCUCUAUUGGCAAAUAAAAAAUUUAUAAAUUUUUCUUUAAGACAGAAACAUUUGCUCCGUUAAAUUUGAGGAUUACUGUAUUUAGUUUCAGAAGGAACUGGACAAACGACACUUUUCAAUUAUUCUAUAUUAAGCAAUAUAAAAGAAUAAUAAUGCUUACUACUCUUUAUUCAUCAAAUUCUCUUGUAUUUUAAUUACUUUCAUUGUCUCAAAAAUAUAAACUAAAAAUUUUUAUGUAUAGUUAAUUACUAAUCUGAAAUUGUAAAAACUUAG